AUGAGCAGCAGCGUCCAGCGUUUCUUGGGCAGACGGGACCGCCGAUCAAAAAAUCUCCCCGACGCAGGCGCUUUUGGUGGCCUCUUCGUACCCGAAGACAGGAAGAAGCUCGAGAAAGAGGAUGAGAAGAGGAUCAAGGCAAUUCUCGCUCGGCUGCAGAAAUAUGGAAUCACAACCUUCACCGAAGCGAAUGUCAACUACGCGUUGCAAGCUACAAACUCGGCGGGCAAUGGCGACGAGGCCAUGCGGUUGCUGCUCCUCCUCGAGGAUACGUACGAAGGCCUGGUCAAGAUGUACGACCCUUCGACCAAAUUGCUUGGAGCUGAGAACCGCAACGGCGUGACUUGCUACCUCGAUGCUCUCCUCUUUGCCAUGUUCGCGCGCCUUGACAGCUUCGAAGCCAUGCUAUAUAACUCUUUUGAUGAUCUGCCUCGCAAGAAGCUGGCCGGUCUAUUGCGUCUAUGGGUCAACAUGCUGCGCUCUGGCAGACUCAUCACUCGAGACAUCGACUCGCUCGCCGAAUGUGGUUGGGAGUCAGCAGCCGAGCUGUGCCAGCAAGACACUUCAGAGGCUUUUACAUUCAUUACCGGUCAGCUAGAGCUCCCACUACUCACCCUCAAGAUGGAUCUGUUCCACACCGGCAAGGAAGAUCCAGCCGAUGACCACAAGUUUGUCAACGAACGCCUGCUCGAGGUUGCGGUUGUUACAGAGCCGCCCGAGGGAAGCACUGUCGUUACGCUCGAAGACUGCCUGGAAAACUACUUCAACAAUCGCAUCGAAGUCAAGCGCCAUCUCGACAGACGCAAUACGCUGCAGUCCGUCAGGUCCAACGAAGCACUACGCCGAACCAACUCGUGUGAAAAAGGGGGAGAUAUGCACGUCGAGACGGUCGAGUACUUUGAUCAGGCCGUCAUACCCAAGCCCGACCCUAGUACUCCAGUCAAAUCGCCUUCCUCCACGCCUAGCACGCCAAUCAAGUCUCCCCUUGAUAAAAUCAGACCCGGUAUGAAUAGGAAGCGUGCCGAUAGCAUCUUCAGUCAGCGAAGAGUAGCAGAGUCAAAACCAUAUGAGAAGAAAGGACCGGACGAUGCGAAACACACUCCUGGACGGCCGCGUAAGAACUCGGUCCGCACCGAGGUUUUGAUGCCUGCCUGGCAGUUCUUCAAAUUACUUCCAUGGUACACCGAGAACAUCGUCCCUACCAGCGACGCACAGGUCGCCGCCCAUUUCUCCAGGAAGCGCCCAAUGCUCGGCAUCGCGCUCAAGAGAUAUCAAUACUCCAAUACGGGCGUCGCGAGUCGUCUGGACACCUUUAUUGACAUUCCUCUGGAGAUUGCUGUGCCUAGCUUUGUAUCUGACGACGAGAUGGAAGACCACAGCCCGCUCGUUGGAAACUUCAAGCUUGUUCUCCAAUCCGUCGUCUGUCAUCGCGGUGUGUCGGUCAACUCAGGUCAUUAUGUUUCACUAGUCCGAGGACGUGCUGCCAAUGCUCAAACCAAUGCUCAAAGCGUUGAUGGGCGCUCUGAUCGUCCCGACACCGCUGAGAGCACCGAAGAUGAAGACCCUUGGAUGUUGUUUGAUGAUCUCGCCAGAGAACGCGUUACCUACGUCGACAUCAACCGAAAGCUGAAGGAAGAAUGCCCCUAUCUCCUGUUCUACCAGGUGCAACCCAUCGACGAAGAACUCGUACCCGAUGCACCUCCAACUUACGAUGAGGCUAUGUCGCGUCAUCCCUCAGAUUCGCUCGAAUAUUCGCCUGAGAAACUCAAGAAAAUCGGCAGCGAUGAAAAUGAUAUGGUUUUGGUCGAGUCUUCCUCACCAACAUCGCCUAACGGACUGACGGGUACCGAGACGGUUGACUGGACAGUGUCUUCUGACAGAACGAGUCUAGACAUACGUGGAAGGACAAGUCUAGAUGCACGUCGUAGCAGCAUGGCGGAUGACGGUAGCGCCGCUGGUAGUCAAGCCACUACUUCGGUACCAUCGACGCCGAUCGACGAGUCGCGAGGUAGCUUCCUUGGUAUCCCGUCUAGAAGAGGCAGCAAGGUCAGCACCAAGAAGACACCAAAAUCCCGCCCAGGCUCUACGGAUGGCGGGUCUCGGUUCAGUCUGAAUAUGAGCAAACUCACUAGUCGUGUGAGCCGGACAGACCUCACCAACCUCGCUUCGGCAGCCGAACAGGAUGAGGAUCUGGCCCAUGGCAAAGACACUGAAGGGCCGCCGACGGUCAGUGGUAGCGAGGCGUCUGUCGAGAGCCUCAAGAACCUCGAUGCCAAGAUGGCCGAGAAGGCGGAGAAAGAGCGCAUUGGCAGGAGCAAGGUCAGGAAGGAUCGAGGUGAUAAAGAAGGACAUUUCCAUCGCAAGCGGAAAACAGAGAAACCGGACAGAGAGUGCGUCGUCAUGUAA